AUGGUCACGCACUCCUGGCGGAAUCUGUUCCGUGAUCUGGUGGCGGCUGUCAUUGCUGACGCCGUGGGUGAAAGCAGCUUCGGGCUCGUGGCUGCCCUGCUGGAAGAGGACGUGUCCGUGCUCGAGGCACUUUUGCAACAGCAGGGCACCUCCGAUCGGGUGUAUUGGAUCUGUGCUUUCGCCGUGAACCAACAUGCAGGCAUUUGUGAGAAUCGCGAUGGGGACCGGGACUCUGUGACGGGGCAGGUGCAUCCUGGCUGCACCUGCGGUCUGCCGAAGAUGCUGAAUACCACAGCGCCGCUGUCUACAGAAGGCCCGACAAAAGGCCAGAGCAUUGGAUGCGAGAUGAACAAGUUUGACGACAUGAUGGCUUUGCUGGCCAGGAAGAAUCCACACUUUUCGCAAGUCGUCGCCGUGGAUGCUGGCUGUGUACUUUUUCGCAGGGCCUGGUGUGUGGCCGAGCUUGUAAAGGCGGAUGAGGCGAGGCUCAGGCAGCACGUCAAAAUGCAUUCACGGAAGGCGGUAGAGGACAAGGAGAGCAGCCUGCGAAACCUGCGGGUAGAAAGCAUGGAAGCCUCGAGGGCAGAGGAUGUGGAGUACAUCUUGGAGAGGAUCGAAGACACUUUCCUGUUCAAUCAGAAGCUGCAGAGCCUCAUCUUCGACAAAGCAGGGCUCUUGUCCUGUUGGCGUCAGCUCGAUGCAGCUCAUCGAAUGGAAGAGGUGGGUAGCCUCCUAAAGUGGAGUUUUGCAGACAAUGGAAGAGGCAUCGUUUGGCAGUUUUGGCACUUGAGGGACUAA